CUUGGGGAGGGAUUAUCUCACUUAUUUGCUUGUGUCUUCCUCUUUCACUUCUCUUCUUUCAUGGUGAUUCCGGCCAUCACCGACGUCACCAUGGCGGCGCUCUGCCCCGGCCGAGACCAGUGCUCGCUCGCCGUUUACCUCAGCGGCUUCCAUCAAGCGGCAGACAAAGUGGCGGAGGGUCAAAGAGCAUCGGCAUUUGGCAUUCUUGCUGGCAUCUCUGCUGCGGGAUUUGUCUCUGGAACUCUCACAGCUCGCUUCCUCCCAACUUCCUACACCUUCCAGGUCUCUGCGGCAGUGGCAGUGCUUGCAGUUGUGUACAUGAGAUUAUUCCUUGUCGAAUCAAACUGCGAAGUUGCCCUUGUCGAUGAAUUCUCGCAACCUCUACAUCCAACACCUACCUCAGAUGUUGAUUCUGCAAAUUCUCCUAACUUACUGCCCAUAAAGAAGUUCCCUUCACUCAGAGAUAUGAUCUGGCUUCUAAGGAGCAGCUUGACCUUAUUGCGCGCAACACUAGUAACAUUUUUUGGCAGUGCUGGUGAAAGUGGCCUUCAUGCUGCAAUAUUGUACUUUUUGAAGGCAAAGUUCCACUUCAACAAGGACCAGUUUGCCGAUUUGUUGCUGAUAUCUGGGAUUGCAGGUGCCUUCUCCCAGUUGUUUGUGAUGCCCUCACUAGCACCAGUUAUAGGGGAGGAGAAGCUGCUUAGUGUUGGACUCCUAGCGAGCUGCGCACAUGUAUUUCUUUACAGCAUCGCAUGGGCCUCUUGGGUUCCCUAUUUUUCUGCAAUGCUCAUUGUCAUGAGCGUUUUCGUGAAUCCAUGUAUAAGAAGCACAGUGUCCAAAAAAGUUGGACCUUUUGAGCAGGGCAAGGCUCAGGGAUGUAUCACAGGCAUAAGUUCAUUUGCUAGCAUCAUAUCUCCAUUUGUCUUCACUCCUCUAACUGCUUUAUUCCUGUCAGAACACGCGCCAUUUGAUUUCAAAGGUUUCAGUAUAAUGUGCUGUGGAUUCGCGACGCUUUUAGCCUUCACACUAAGCAUCACGAUGAGGGAAACUCUUCCAGUUUUAAGCAAGAGUGUCAUCAGCGAUUCUAGACAAGGACAGGUCUAGAUAUACUCAAAUUUGUCAAUUAAAAG